AUGAACUACCUUCUGGGUGAGGAACUCUGGCUGGUUAUGGAGUACAUGAAUGGAGGCACUCUGAGCGACAUCAUCAGCAAGACUUGCCUGUCUGAAGAUGAGACAGGAGCCAUCAGUCGGGAGUGCCUGCGAGGACUGGAUUUUCUCCACUCAAACCAUGUGAUCCACCAAGAUGUGAAGAGUGGCAACAUCCUUCUCAGAACCGAUGGCUCUGUCAAGCUGGCUGACUUUGGCCUCUUUGCUCAGCUCACCCCUGAGCAGAGCAGGCGGAGCUCCAUGGCCAGCAUUCCUGGGUGGAUGGCUCCUGAAGUGCUGACAGGUCAACCAUAUGGCCCCAAAGUGGACAUAUGGUCUUUUGGAAUCGUGGGCAUUGAAAUGGUGGAACAAGAAGUUCCUUACUGGAAUGCCACUCCUGUCUUGCCUCAACUCCUGAUAGCCACAGGAGGCAGACAAAAGCUGUGGCAGCCCAACCUAUUUUCAUCUUGCCUGCGAGACUUCCUGAGCUGCUGCCUGCAGAGAGAUGAGGCGCGGCGCUGGUCUGCCAAGGAGCUCCUGCAGCAUCCAUUUGUCACCUCAGCCAAGCCAGCGUCCACCCUGGUACCACUCAUCCUCUCAGUGAAGAGGAGGAGAGACCUGCGAACAGUGUGAUAAUCACAUCAGGACUAUUCACUCCAUAACCAUCUUUGAGUAGGAUUGGAGAGUAGGAUUGGGGAGUAGGAUUGUAGUGUAGGAUUUAGAGUAGGAUUAUGAGGAGAGAAGAGAAAAGACUAUCCACAAUUCAGUGUGAAUCAAGGAAAAGCCAUUUAUUGUGUUUCUAAACAUAGUUUAUAUUUAUUUCCUAUCUUGGUCUAUAUAGUCACGCAUUGUUUGGCUGCUUGCUGUGCUUUGUCCAUGCAUCUCUUGAUUGGUAGCUCUCUUUUGUCCAUGAGGCAAGCACACACCUUUUUUUUCUUAAUCUAAUUGGUAGAUGCUGUAAGGAUUAUUUUAUUUGGGUUGAUACUCCUUUGUCUGUCAGCAACUCUUCUGCUCCUUCUUUCUUGUUGCAACAUCGCCUUUUUAUUUACAAAGAUGAGUGCAGCUUUCUUAAAAACAUGACCUAGUUCCAGAAGGCUGGUUAGUUUAGUUAGCUCCAGAAGGUUAGGUGGGUUCAAUCAGUACCUGUUCAUUUUUCUGUAAAUAAUACUCUACAUGAUUAUAGAGUAGGAUUGUAAAUAAAUAAAGUUUCUGAAACUUAAACUCA